ACAAAAGUUUCUUGGCCCGGUUUUUCUCCCGGCUACAUUUAGCUCCAAACAAUGAACACAUAAACACUAUUCAAUUAUUCACAGAGAAGAAAUUAUAAACCAUAAUUCCAACUUCAAAUCAAAUACCAAAAAUCAAGAUGAGUAGAACUUCAUCUCAACGACUAAUCAAUAAUGACGAGGAAUUUAAUUACAAAGAAGAGGAAGACGAAGAAAAUAAUGGGUUCUUGAAAUUACGCAAAAGAAUUCAUAACUCCAUCGAUGAAACUGAAGUUGAUGACUUGAAUACUACAGUUCGUUGCAUUACCCUUUAUUCUCAUCGACGUCGUUCUCAUAAAAGCAAACACAAGGGGAGGCAAGAACAGAAGAAUAGUGGAGCAGCAACUAUAAGGAAGCAGCCGAAUGCGAAAUGGACUUUAGAGGAUAUAAUUGAUAAACAAUUUAAGUGUUAUAGCCAAGCCAUGAUCCCCAACAAACUCGAGGAUGUUGCUCAACUGCUUGCACCCCAAUGGGCCGCACCUCUCGAAAUGUCUGCUGUUGGCUGGCUAGGGGAUUGGAGACCGUCUGCCAUCCUCGAACUGCUUAGAUCCUUGGCACAUUCCUCCUAUCUCUCUUCCUUGGCUGACUCAGCUGAGACUGAUCAGAUCCUCUUACAGCUCAUUCGUGAAAUCCGUAUUGAAGAGGCUAUAAUCGAUGAAGAGAUGGGUGAGGUUCAAGCCACGUGUAUUCUUCACCUUCCUUUCAGGCCAAAUAAUCAGACCACUUCCUCAUUCAUGGUUCCAUUGCACUCUGUUCAGUCUCAGCUCAAGAAGAUAAAGCAAGUGAUAACUAAGGCCCAACAACUUAGGAUAAAAGUAUUGGAACUUAUCUCGAAUAAGGUACUAAACGAGGUUGAUGCAGCAGAGUUCUUAGUUGCUUUCUCUGGGAUUCAAGAUGUUAUUCAUCAGUUUGCUGUUCGGAAAAAGUUGCAAAAGGGCCCCGUCCAUGUCUCAGCCAAAGCCCUGGCAAGUGUUUGAGAUACAGCUGAUGUAAUUUGUGAAGAACUAUCAUGCAGAAUACCAAUCUUAUGAUGUGAAUAAGACUAACUAGUAGGUAUUGAGCUAUAGAUAGAUGUACAUGUACUUAGCAAAUUCUUUUACCCCCAUUAUCGUUAAUUGGUUGCGACAGUAAUAUGUAAACAGUUACAGAAAGAUAUUAUCCUUGUAACCUUGUACAGAUAUUGCCUUGUAAAGUGGACGAAGAUUAUGAAAUUCUAAGUUCAGUGCUGAGAAGCAUUUUAGUAA